AUGGUGGCGCGCAGGUUUCAGGUUGUUCACGACGACUCUGAUUUUGAUAUCCAUUACGACACCGAUGAUGGCUUCGAAAUUUUUGGAGCCGAACAAGAUACUCCAGUCACCAGUGAUUCUGAUCUCUUUGCCAUUUCUGACAAACUACGACUUGUCUCGGUUAACGACUCCGACUUUCUCCCCGAACCCGAACCGAAUAAUUCCGAUUUGUUGAAAUCCGAUGAGGAAUUGGCCAGACUCUUGCAGGCAGAGGAGGAAGCGCUUUUGUUGCAGCAAUAUGUCUCGAGCGAAAAUCCUCGAGAAUUUGAUAGUAGAGUACGGUCCUACAUUAGUCAAGUUCGCAUGUAUGAGGAUGCAACACGCCAGGAGGCUGCUCGGAAGUCUGUUCCUGUAGAAGAGCUUGAGGAGAAAGCUUUAGUCUCUUUGGCCAAGGAGGGAAACUUCAAGCCAUCGAAAAUAGAACAAGAUCACGCUUUCAUGCUGCAGCUGCUUUUCUGGUUCAAAAAAUCAUUCAGAUGGGUGAAUUCACCAUCUUGUCAUGAUUGUGGCAAAGAAACUGUAGGCCAGGGCAUGACUGCUGCACUUCCUUCUGAGACCCUUUAUGGAGCUUCCAGGCUUGUGGAAACAAGAGAGGGCCGCUGUGGGGAAUGGGCCAAUUGCUUUACACUCUAUUGUCGAGCUUUUGGUUAUGAGUCACGUCUGACCACGUUUGGACAGAGUGCUUCUCUCAAUUCUUGGGCAGCCAUAGCAAAAGAUGGGGUUUAUGAUGUCACCAAACGAUACACAAGGAAGUGGCAUGAGGUCCUAUCUCGACGUACUAUGCUUACAGAGGCUUCUGCCUCAUCUGUAUUAUAUAAUAUUACAAAUGAAAUUCGAAGAGGGUUUGCAUCUGAACUACUUUCAAUUAUUCAAGCUCGUGAUAUGGAAGAAAAGGAAGAACUUGAGAGGAGUUUUCAUGUUGAUGAUGACGAGUCACUAUCAUUACCAGGAAGAAGAAGUGGAAAUGAGGAAUGGCGCAAAUCCAGAUUAGAGAUUGGUUCUAGUGACCUAAGUUCUUCUGCUUGCCCAGUUCGUUUGUGCAUAGAUGAGCACGUCACAAAGAUUUAUAAUUCAUUCCGUGUUGUCCUUUAUCAAUUUGUUGGGGAAGAGCUAACAAAGUCGGAAGCUGUUGAAGUACUCAGGAUUACUAAAGGAAUUAUUUUGGAUCUCUUAACUUCCCCUUAUAAAACUAGAAGGACCUUCAUCGAUUCAGUUCUAAAUGAACCAAAGUUUCAAAAAAUGUUGCCAUCUUUUGACGACUUACUUGGUGCGCUUUCACUAGAGAAAAAGAUGAAUACAGAUGAGUCCGUUGAAAUUGGUUUGCUCGGUGACCCCAUAGUUACUUCUUUAGCAUUGCCUGUUGCGCUAGAUGCUCUGGAUGACAUGAUUUACAAUCUUAACAAUUGCGAAAAUUAUGGGAAAGAUAUGUUUCAGCUGCCAAUUCUAAAGUUAAAUAGAAUACAUUCGGGAUCAGCCAUUGCAAGUUCAGAGGAGUUGCCUUUUGGGAUUAUAACAUCCGCAUUUGAUGGAACUCGAGGUUCUAAAUGGGAAGAACCAAAUGGAGCAAGAGGUUGUUGGAUCGUGUAUAGAACAUUUGGUUACAAGAUGUUUGAGCUUGAAGCAUAUGAGUUGAUGUCAGCCAAUGAUGCACCAGAAAGAGAUCCAAUGGACUGGAUUCUUGAAGGGAGUAGUGAUGAGGGGAUCAGCUGGCAAGUUUUGAACAAGCAAACCUCUCAGUUCUUUGAAGAUCGUUUCCAGCGUAGAACAUACAAAAUCAGUGCAAGCUUUCCAUGUAAUGUUUUCAGGUAA